UCUGCUCAUUCACGAGGGCUCGCUCUGCAGCGUGUCGCGUUCUCACGAUCGGUACGACCGAAGCGUAUAAAAGCCGCAUGCCUGUGGACAUCGGUCCAUUCUCGGUGCUAGGACGUGUACACAGUCAUCAUGCUGAAGCUGGUCUCAUUCGUUUGUCUUCUAGGAGCGGUCUUCGCCGUGCCUCUGAACCAAGGCGAAUCAUGCGGUGUGAAGGCAAUAGAGCACAUCCAGGGAAACGGUAGAGUGACGGGAGGAAUCGAGGCGAGACAGAACAGUUGGCCAUGGCAGGUGUCGCUGCGAUACAUUCCAAACCAAGAUUCACAUUACUGCGGUGGUACUUUGAUCAGAGACAACUGGAUCAUGACUGCAGCCCACUGUGUGGCAAUGCCCGGACAGAACAAUCCUUACAACGUUAGGGUCUACGCAGGUUCCCAUCGCCUGUCCAUUCCAGACAAGUACGAGCAGAAACGCAGGGCCACCCAGAUUAUCAAGCACGCAGGCUUCAGCAUGCUUAGCAACGACUUCACAGAUGACAUCGCGUUGAUAAAGGUAGAUCCUCCGUUUACCCUCACCGAUCAAGUCUCUCUCAUGUGCCUCCCUGAGCAAAAUGAACCUAGCGUCGCAGGCACGAUGGUUUACAUAUCAGGAUGGGGAAUGACUCGUGAUUUUAACGACUAUCCCAACUCUCCAUUGUCGGAUGUCCUGAAGCAGUUUUACGCUCCUAUCUAUGAUUGGAAUGAGUGUAAGCAGUCUUCAAUAAUACACUGGAAUGGUGUGCACGAGAACAUGAUUUGCGUCGGCUAUACGGGAGGCGUUCACGAUUCCUGCAAGGGAGACAGCGGCGGACCCGUGUCCAACGAUGAUACCGGCCUGUGGACGGUUUACGGAAUCGUCUCCUGGGGUACAUCCUGUGGGAAGCCGUAUGCGCCUACCAUGUACACCCAAGUAUCUAAAUACGUCGACUGGAUUAUGGCUCGCGUAGACUAAGAAAUAACUAUUACUGGCUAAAGUACCAACGAGGACAUCCAUGCUAAAUUAUCUGGAAAUACUGCUGAAUACCCUACUGAAUACCUACCCCUUAUGAAUACCUUGCUGAAUUAACUGUAAAUUACUGGAAUAACUACGGAAAUGCGUUUUUUCAUGCUCACAAUGUACAAAGAGCAGCAUUUCAAAGCAUGCUUUAAAAAUUCUUUACCUACAGGUAGCCAUUUGCUUACCUAGCCAUUUUCAGGUUUUACCGUCCUCAUCCCGUCACAUACCCAGUUGCUAUGCUAUUAUCUAUAGCUACGCAUUCCCGCUUCUACCACAGCUAACCAAAUUACAUUUGUCGACAACUGUUUUAAUGAUUAUCUCGUGUUUUUUUUAAGCACGCUAUACGUGCGUUUCACGGCUGUACUGUGAAAUAACGGUUUACUGACAACCGCCAAAUAGGCCUAUCGUUUCAGCGCCAGUUUCUAAUCAGUGUUUAAUAACUUUCGAAUAGCGUAACUGUUUGCACAAAAUCUAUAACAGAGUAC